CGCGACCUUAGUGAAAUACACCGCCAUGUGGUCUGAUUGAUGUGUCAAAGCACAUCAUGAGCGCUCGAACUGUAAUCUUACACACCGCAAACUGAACGACACUAAAACAGCCUGGGAAGUGGCCUUUGACGUUUUAAUUUUUAAAGAAGACAGUUGUUACAUUUUUUUCUCACUGCCUUUCCUCUGUCAUGGAACAAAGCGCAAUGUACACCUGCCAGAGGAGAUCGUAAUAACGACCAGCACACGGAGGGGUUGGCCACUGUUUAAUAGAAGAGCCAGUUUUAAAUGAUCGGACCGUUUUGGUGUGAGUUAUCAUCUGGAAUUCUUCAUCAAAACUGGGAUCUAUGAGCGGGAAAGCAUUAUUAAAGACGAAAGAAGAUAAGGAUGCAACCAAAGUAUACACAGUUCAAGAUGGCAAGGAGUACAUUCUGUUGCGGACGGAAUCAAGUCUAUCUCUCGCUGUAGAUCAGAAAGAAAACUCACCUUUUCACAGUAAAUGUCAGGAGCUCUUUUGCUGUCCUUUCUGGAAACUCUUCGUUCUAAGAAAGAAAAAAGAAAACACUGAAGAGCCUCAGCUCAAGGGGAUAGUCACCAAACUCUACAGUCGACAAGGCUUUCAUCUACAACUCCAAGCUGAUGGAACCAUCGAUGGUACAAAGGAGGAAGAUAAUAGCUUCGCUAUUUUCAACCUCAUCCCCGUCGGGCUACGAGUGGUGGCUAUUCAGGGCGUCCAGACCAAACUCUACCUGGCCAUGAACAAUGAAGGCUACCUGUACACCUCUGAGCACUUCACGCCGGAGUGCAAAUUUAAAGAGUCGGUGUUUGAGAACUAUUACGUGACCUACUCGUCAAUGAUCUACAGACAACAGCAGUCGGGCCGAGGCUGGUACCUGGGUCUCAACAAAGAGGGUCAAAUCAUGAAGGGCAACCAUGUAAAGAAGACCAAGCCGGCUGCUCACUUCAUCCCCAAACCUCUUAAAGUUGCCAUGUACAGAGAGCCGUCUCUCCACGACCUGACCGAGUUUUCCCGCUCCGGCAGCGGCACGCCGACCAAGAGCCGCAGCGCCUCGGCCAUGCUGAACGGCGGCAAGACUCUGAGUCAGAACGAGUCCACAUAACCACCGCUGCCGGACUCCAGCGUCAACUCCAACAGCACAAACGCGUUUACAAGAGUGCGGCGAGAAAUGUUUCCUGAAAUCACUGUGAUGAGAACACAAGUGCAAAACCUACAUUGUACAAUCUGCAGGUCAACCUCGUGAGAUCUAAUCAAACCAAGCCAUCUUACCGAUGUAGGGGUCUGCGGUCCCCCGUUCCCAUGUGUAGCAUAUACAAAGCUCCUACUGAAACACCUACUUUGUGUUUUGCUCCAUUUCUUCUUAGGGAUGCCUGCAGCUCCAUAGUGCUGAGUCAACUACAAAAUGACAAUAGCAGCUUGUGCGACCCAUUUAUCGGUAUAUAGAGGCAGAAAUCCCAAAGGUUUUUUGGACAUAUGAUACAAGUCCUUCAGCUCAGCUUUUUUUGUUUGAAAGCAGUGGUUCAUCGUUGUGUGCUUUUUAGAUGAGGCGUUUUGCUUCUCCUUUUUGUCUUUUCAGCUCUUCCCCUCCCCAAACACAUUGUUAUUCUGCAAAUUAAACAGAUUUAAGGUUCGGCCUGUCUGCGCACCAAAGAUGUCAUUAGUCUCUUUGUAUGGAGGUAAGUCAAUUUGUGUAAUUUCAGCUCUCUCAGACAGAUAGUUGAGAAAAGCGCGAGAAGCGAAUGUCAUUUAGUCGGAGGAAAUGUAUUCGGGAGAGAUGAAGGCUACUCGCUGUGCUUUUUUAUUUAUUUUGAGGUCUGUUUAUGUCUUCCUUUACUUCCUGUCUAAUUUGGGAACCCAGCAUCUUGGAGAAGUGUCAAAUCAGACAGUGUUUAAAUUAUUGAUUAACGUCAAGCCGGUAAGAUUUCCGUUACGUAAAAACAGGGCAGGCUUCCUCUUUUUUUCAUAUAAUGAAAGCUUCCAUUGCUUUAACAGGGCUAAAUCAGCAUAAGUAAAUAACCCGUCUUUGAAAAGUCGUUCAUAGUUUCUAGUCUUCGCUGGUCAGGCAAGCAGCCCAGUUUCUAAUUUCAGUCAAACGCCUCUUUUGUUUUGUUGUGUGUAUGUACUGUAUGUAUGAAGCAUAUUUAAUGCAUGGGGGACAAUGGACGCUGCAUGUUGUGUGGCUUUGUAUAUUAACUACAAUAUGGAACCAUGUGCUCUAAUGGAUACUGGAGUAAAAUACAAAUGUACUGUAUAUAUAUAUGCAUUUUAACCUGCUACCCGCCCGUUUAUUAUUUGUUGUACAUUUAAAAAGCUGCACUGAAUAAAAUGUUUUGUAUGUUCA